AUGAGCUUAAUACUCCAAAAAGCAAGCACGAGUCGCCCGGAUGAUGUGCCUUUCCUGGGUAUCGGACUGCCUCGUCCAUCCACUGGUUCGUCCUGUCUAGUCUGACUAGUUGGUUCGUGCGGUCGAUCCAUUGCUUUGGUAUCUUAUCACGACCCACUAGUCGUUGGUCCAAGCGAAGGGAGGCCUGGAUCGACGCAUCGGCUCAGAGUCAACGGGCUCUGCUAUAAGUCAGGAAACGAGUACUGCAGCACUUCCUAUCCUUCGGAAUACCAAGCAACUGCGGACUGUUGAGCGUGUAUACAUUUCGUCCGCCCCGACAUGGUCACGUCGACGCCUACAAUCUCUAGACAACGCCCUGGGUCGGCCUGUGAGGAGUGUCGACGGCGAAAGGUGCGUUGUGACCGCCGUCGCCCUCAGUGUCAGGUGUGUUUCGAGACAGGGAUCGAGUGCAAGAUCAACACCACCAGACUGCCGCGAGGCCCCCGAAAGGGGCAGCUGCGUACGUUGCGUACGAGGAUUGCUGCCCUCGAGCGCUGUCUCGCAGACCAGCAUCCAGAAAUCAAUCAUCCGAUGGCGAGUCUCUUUGACGGUACUGUGCUCGACUGUGACUCGGAGGAGGAUCCUCCCCGAGAUUUCUCGUCUCUAUCAGAUCCAAUACCGGUCUCAGUGCCGCUGUCGACUCUUCCAGAUGCCGUUCUGGCAUCAGGAGAGGAGCAGGAGCAGUGUGAAAGGGACAUUCAACCCACCAUCUCAUCCACCAAGGUUCAAUCCCCACGCACACCUGAGUCAUUGCCCCGGACGACAGGCUUAGUCUCGGAACUGAUGCGAGCAGAACUAGACCAACUAUACUUUGACCGAGUGCAUCCGUUCGCUCCCAUCCUACAGCGCUGGCGCUAUCACGUUUGGGCUCGACAACCCAAAAAGUCUGAUAGCCAGGUCUGUCUGCAGUAUGCCAUGUGGGCGGUGGCAGCCUCUCUCUCAGCCCAAUUUCAAGCAUUGCGUGAAAGUCUUUACAGCGAGUCACGACGAAUCCUUGAUACGCUAGACCGGCCGGAUAGUAUAGCAACGGUCGCAGGACUGGAACAAGCGCAGGCGUGGAUUCUCAUUGGGCUCUACGAGUACAUGCAACGCUCACCUCUACAAGCGUGGAUGAGUAUUGGGCGGUGCUGUCGUCAGGUACUAGGUAUGCGGCUGUAUGAGCUAGAUGAUCCGACUAAUCCGGUGACGAUGGCACGGGAACAAGAAGCUAUUUUGGUGGACUGGAUUGGCCUGGAGGAGCAGCGCCGGACUUUCUGGAUGGCAUACUCGUUGGAUCGGUUUAUCAGCUUUCACAAUGGGUUGCCGUUCACAAUACAUGGAGACUUGAUUACAACUCGACUCCCCAGCCCGGAAGAGGAGUUUCAAUCGGGGCAGCCAACCCUAACAGCCUACCUGUCCGAAGUCAUGAACCCGAAUCUCCAAAAUUAUCAUUUCCAGCAGUAUUCCCAUGGUCACCCACAGCCUCAUGUCUAUGUGAAUCCCCAUUCCCCGACAUCACCAACCCACCUGAACAUGGCCUUCCCUCCCAUGGCUACACCAACCAACUCUACGUCAACCCCCGUCCUCAAUCCAGACCCCAACCAAGCCAACCCCUCGAGCUUCACUGAAUUUAUCCUCCUAGCGACCGUCGUUGGUCGUGCUCUCUCGCACCGCCAGUCUGUCACCAUGGAGCAAGUACUACAGCCCUCUCACCUGCAUCUUUCUCCUACAAGCCCUUACGCGUCGCUCCCCACUUCGCUCGAUGCCUUCUGGAACCGCCAUCAAGCCCUUCAUACCGUUCUCAACACUCGUAUCCAGUCCCUUGCAUCCAACCCUCAAACCCUGGAUGAUCCGUUGAUCAUGUUCGCUCGCAUUGUUGCGCAAAGCAUGGUGUUGUUCCUGCAUAAUGUCCUUGAGUCCGUCGCAUGGAAAUCGGGGGGCGAUCAUCUACUCGGGAUCAUUGAGUAUGAGCGUUUGUGUGUGAUGGCCGCCCAUGAGGUGGUAGCUUUGGUCAAGGUGCAGGGGCAGUUGGGAUACUUCAAGGUUCACCCAUUGACCCCAAUUCCUUUGAUGAUGUGCACCGACUUCUUCACGGCCCAUGCGUAUCUUGACCCCUCAUUCGAAGUCAUUUUACAUGAGCUGCUGGAGUGCCUGGGCGAUUUGGAGAGGGUAAAGAAUCCGGUGCAGAGUCCGACACUGUCGGUGGUUUGAAGAGCCAUUCUCAAAUUGAUACUUUUGUGUGUUGAGGUCAAUGUUCUUGGGGUCUUUGGUUUCGUUGAUGCACAUUGACUGUAUUGAUUCUUCCUGGAGUGUCUCGCGGUGGCCAAGGCCUCCUGGCUUCUUUUGGUUUUUUGUUUCGCUCAAGUCGGGGUUACAUCCUGUGCUGGUUCAUGGGAUGCAGUGGUGUUGCGAGGUCGGUUGGUGAUCAGCAUGGGGAGAGAGAUACUCGCUGGAUCUGAUGAUAUAUCAUCAAG